UCUACACAAAUCCUAAUUCUGAGGAGGCUAAAGAAGAAACUAGAGAGGUUAAGAGAGAGAGAAGGAGAGAGCCUAUUUGAUUAGCUACUGCGGUGAGUGAAAAACAACGAUUGCCAAUCGGAAAACUUGCUUAUCUCUCCGCUGUAGCUGACUUAUUCCAUCUGUUUGAAUACUCUGAAAAAAUGGCUCGCUCUUUCUCCAGCGCAAAGAUUUUCACCUCUCUCGUCGUUGAUGGCUUCUCUAACGUAAUCAGCAGGCGUGGAUACUCGGCUGCAUCACAAGGAGUUGUGUCGAGCGUAGCAAGAGCAGGAGCCACAGCAGGUUCUAGAAAGACGACGAAGAAAUCUGUCGAAGAAAACACCGAGAAGGUAUCGUGGAUCCCAGACCCGGUCACCGGUUACUACAGACCGGAUAAUGGUGUUCCAGAAAUCGACGUGGCCGAGCUUCGUGCUACGCUAUUGAAAAAGCACUAAUUAAUGAUUUAAUUCAUCACUAAAUCAAUAAUUUAAAAAAUAAAAAGAAAAAUUUAUAUGAAGAUCCUUGAGAGAGACAGAUAAGGAAUUGACACGAUUCGACUCAGUGAGUAGGGGCUGUCGUUUUUAUGGGGGUGUAUAAACAUAAACGUUUUAAUUGGAAUUCGACAAGCUUCGCUGGUGGUAUAUCUUACUUUAUUUUUUUUCUCGCUUGGGAAUACACAGAUGUUUAUGUAGUUUUUUUCUUUUUAUAUCAAUAAUAUGAAACAUUUCGAAUC